AUGUAAAUUCAUAUUAAAAUAAUUUCACAGCCUCCGAAAAGAAGUGCAUCGGAUAUUUAUUAAGAAUUGAAGAAUUGGUUAAAGAAGAACGAAAUUAAUCUAAAUAUUCAUUGCAUUAAAUUAAAGCCUGAACCUGUGGAGGAACUCUAAAAUCAGAUCAAGAAAUCUCAAUUUUGGAACUCUAAAAUUUUAAAAUCAAUCUCUGAAGAUUCUAUAGUCUAAUUUAUCUCAAAGAUUGAACCGAAACUUUAUAAUGAUUCCAAAUUCGUUCUAGGCAAGUAAUUAGAUUACUGUGAAAUGAUUGAAGAUUUAUUAGUAAAACCCUAGGAGGAUUUAUUUGGAGUUCCGAAUUGGCACCCUACAAUUAGACCAUAAAAUUUGUAAUAAGUGUCUUAAGGCAAUACACAAUGCUACAUAUAUUUUUAUGGGUAGGAUAUCCAAAAACUCAGAUUGUAUGAAGAUGAAAAAAAUCAGAAACAAAUUAGUCUUUUCGGAAAGCAAUACCUUCUUAAAGGGUAGGCACAGAGACGUGAGUUAAAAAUAAUUAAGGACAACUUUAAAUCAAUACCUGGAAUUGAGUUUUAAUUUGGAAUCUUAAGUAAGGUUUUUUAUUAGUAUUGGUCUACUGCCUAAAUCUAGAAGUACUACAAUGAGGAUACUUUUCAAGUCUAAGAUAUUAAUUUAGAACUCUAAAAUACUCAAGUUAGAGUGUAUUUUAGUUUGAUUUUGGACAGAACUAGAAAAAUUAAUUGUUUAAUCUAAUUUCAAACCAAAAAGGAUGGAAAUGUUAAAGAAGUAGAAUAUAAUAAAACAUAUUCGAAUGGAGGCAUUAUUGUUGAUAAAUCAAAAGAUGAAAAUCAAAUUAAUUUCUAUAUUAAAGUUCUUGAUACACCCAAAUGUUAUAUUCAAGAGGAUUAUGAUUAUGAUAAAUACAAAAAUCAAAAAGAUAUCAAAUUUUGGAGAUCAUAGAAUUUCGUAUAAAAUGAUAUAAGGAACAUUAUUUAAGCAGGAAUCAUAAGACAAUCAUCUUCUCUAAAGUUCACAGUGCAUCAUAGCUAAACUUAGAAUGAAAAUUUUUAUAAUUUUUGUUAAGAAAUUGAAAAUUAAGGAUACUUAGAGAAAUUUAUGGGAGAUCAACACAUUUAAAUGAAAAGAAUUUCAGAACUUAGUAAGACUGAGGAUAAAUUCAACGUUAGAAUUGGUUUAAAUUGGAUGCUGCUAUCUGCUGCCUUUGGUCGAUGCAAAAUGAUUUAACCGAACAUAAAAUUUCAAGACUUUAUAGAAUAGGUCAAAGAAUUGCCUCCUUUAGCCAUAGCAUAUUAAAUAAAGAACUUGAAAUAGAAAAAAUAAGAAAAAAAGGAUAAGGAAAUUUUCUAAUUUGACAAAUUUUUAGACAUUGUUAAAAAAAAUGGUUAAAAACAUCCUGAAGAUAUUUUAGAAGAAACUCUAUUGGCAGAUCUUACACCUACUGGAAUACUGCCUAAUUAUUCCAUAUAGGAGUGCAUUCCUUUUUAUGAUUUAGAAAGGUUUUGGAGAUAGUAAAUUAAAGGCAAAUUAUAAACUAAAUCAAAAGGACUCAUGGAGGAAAUAGUUAAGAUUAGGAUUAGAGAUGACAACUUUGAAAUCUUAAGAUAAAAGUAAUUUGAUAAACAUCAAUAAAAGCACUUUUUAUUUUCAGGCUAUUUUAGAGAACUACUGAAAGGCAAGCUGAACAUAGUAGAAAGAAAUUAUAAAUUCUUAGGUUAUGAUUGCAGAGGACUCAGAAAAGGUGAAUUUUAUGCUAUAAACUCUGAGUAUUUCGAAAACACAUAUCAAUAUAUGUUUUAGUAGUUGAUGAAAUCAUAUGAAAAUAACCAAAGAAUAGUGAAAUGUUCUUAAAUUCAGAAGAUAUUCAAUGAACAUUUAAAUCAUAUCAAUACAUCCCUUUCACUGAACGAAAUCGAAAAUAAGUUAUUAGACAAAAAAUUUGAACUAGACAUUUAAUAAGAUCAACUUUAAAAAGGGCCAUUGAUUCAAACAAAAGUUGACACUAAAUAAAUAAAUAGGAAAAAGACUUAAGAAAAUAAUUACAACUAUAAAAUACUCAUGCCUUAAGGAAAAGCAUCAAAUGAUGUAAUAAAAUUGAUGAACGAAAUAGCAUUUGAAGGGCAGAAUACAGAUUAUUGUUGUUUUAUCAUCAGGUAUUAAAAUUACAAAGGAAUGCUCACCAAAAUGGCCAAUCCUAAUAAAGAAGGUGUUAUUCGAUUGUAUGAUAAUAUGAUAGACAAAAAUUCUCCAACAAAUCAAUAUAUGGAAGGAUUAAAUUAAAAAUGUUGGGUAGAGAAGAAAAAAUUAGAUGAAAUACAAAUAUUAGGAGUGCCUGAAUUUAAACCAUGUGUGUUAAGAUUGUUUUAGAUCCUAAAUAUAAUAAGUCUUGAGGUUGAAACUAAUGAAAAGAAAGUGUUUAAGGCCUUUCGGAAAUAUUUUCAUAUGUUAAAAUAAACAGUAAGCAAGUAAAACGACCCAAAUUAAGAUCCUUUCUAUAUGAGAACCCUUAAGUAAUAUGAAAGAAAAUAGGAAUAUUUGCUACCUGUGAAGAAGGGUGCAUAUUUAAUGGGAGUCUAUGAUCCACUAUUAUAACCUGAUGAGGUUUUUAUCAAUGUGUAAUACGAAGAAGAGAAUUAAAGUUUUGUUGUUUAAGACUAAAAAAUAAUAAUUUUCAAAAAAAAUUAUUUGAUGAAGGAUGCAAUCAGUUUGUUUUAAAACACUAGUAAGGCAAAUUAGGAAUUACUGGCUUAACGUUAUAAGAAUGUGAUUGUAUUUUCAGUUCAUAUGCUUGGAGACAAGUUUCCUCAAGAUGAGUUUGAUGAUAAGUAAAAAUUUGUAGCAAUUUGGGAUUAGAAACUUAUACCUGAUAUUGCAAUUACACUUUUUGAUGGUAAAAAUUAUUGUAAAAGUUUCAAAAAUAAAAUUCAAGGAUAAAAUUCUCAAAAUCAAGCUUCAAUCGAUCAACAUUUUGAUAAAACUGAAUGGCUAUCAGGGUUAUAAACUUAGGCAAUUGAUUUCUUCUGUGUAUUCCAACAAUCUUGUAACUUUAAUGAACUUAAAACUAUUUAUACUAAAAUUAUGCUCCAAAAUCUAUUGUAUUAAAGAGAUGCGUCGUUUUAAAAGAUCUUUGAAAAAAUUACAAUCUAAUUAAAGAUUAUUAAUAUAAUAGGAAUGAAAUAUGCAAGUACUUAGGCUUAAAAGACAAAUGUAUUUAGUUUAAUUUAUCGUUUAAUAGUAUUCUGA